UUUGACCUCAGUGGCAUGAAACUUCCCAGCAUCUCCUGUCCCUACGGAUGCUCAGAGGCUGUCUUGUCGCUGGACACUGGGUACCGCUCCUCGGUGACUAUGGUACAGAAGGGCUGCUGGACCGGCCCGUCCGAGGGCGACAUGCAGUCGAACGAGGACUCCCUGCCACCCGACUACUCGGUGAUACGCGGCUGCACCACCGACUGGUGCAACGCUGACCUCAUGACCCAUGACACCAUCCCCAAUCUGAGCCCAGCGCCCAACCCCCAGACGCUCAGCGGCACCGAGUGCUACGCCUGCGUGGGGAUCCGCCCGGAGGACUGCACCCCGGAGAAGUCCCGACGGGUCAAGUGUCACCAGGACCAAAGCGUCUGCUUCCUGGGCAAUGGCGAAAUGACAGUUGACAAUUUCUCAGUCCCUGUGUAUAUCAGAACCUGCCACCGGCCCUCCUGCACCAUCUUGGGCACCACUAGCCCCUGGACAGACAUCGACCUCCAGGGCUUCUGCUGUGAGGGGCACCUGUGCAACAGGGGCUCCGUAAUCGAGCCCUUCACCAUGGCUUCGGCCACCACCCCUCCCCUGGCACCUCACAUCAUAGCCCUGCUCCUCAUGAUUCCUCUACUGGUUGGCACUCUGGGAGGACCCCUCGGCCUCUCCCCUUAG